CCAUGACAAAGAUUUUCACAGUUCUCGAUAGAAAAAAAUCCCUGUAUUUGUUGUACUCUUCAUGAUACUUCAAAAAUAACCGAAAUCGAAGACGUUCUGCUGCGUUUACACAGAAACGAAAUAGGAAUACUUCACUUAUCAUUUUCGGAUUCUCGUCAAGUUAACUCUACGCAACAAAUGCCAUCCCGUUUGUCUCUACUGCUUGUGGUCCAGAUUUGUCUCUCAGUGAAUCGGUGUUAUUUCGCCCAUGCAUUUUUGUCCAGCGUACGUAAUCCCGCAUUGAGGCGUACACAUAAUGAGUCCGGCAGUGAAGUGGGAUCAAAUCACGAACCAAUAAGUCUGUCUCCGAGGCGUCUCUCUGCUAGUCCUCAGGACAGCCAACCGAAUUAUCCAGAAGGGGGUGAUGAAACUGACUUGCUACAAUCGCCUGAAGGAGAAUCGACACCGGGAGGUGGCGAUGCCACUGGCACAAGCAAGGAAGACUUCGUGGGUCUAGUGGAAGAGGUCAUGAAAUCGUCAAAGUCAGAGCAUAUUCCACGGCUUUUAGCGAACAACAUCGAGGUGAUCAUUGGCUUACAAGGACAGGAUGGUGCUCAAAUAAUUACCAGUAUACUAGAGGACGCCAAGGCAGAUGGAGAGAAGGAUGGCGACGACAGCGUUUACACGCAGACACUACAAACGAUAGAUAUGAUUUUGGGUUUCGCUGAAGACUUCGUUCGUCAAGCACAAGAAAUGGAUGCCGCUAACAAACAGCUUUUGGGGAAAAUAAUCAAGGCGAUGGUGACAUCAGAGAAUGACCAAUCGGUUGCUGGAGGAGAAGGAAGAAUUAUUUCGAAGGAAGACUCGGCGAGUAAAAGAGAACAAUUAUUAGACACUAUCAUGAAAGAAGAAAAGAAAAACUUUUCAAGUGGGUUCUUACGGCACAUCGAUGGCGAAUGCGAUCGAAUAUCAAACCAAGAGAAAUUGACGCCGGAAAGCACCAGGCUUCUCGAUAUUUUGCGAAUGAUUCAGACUCGAGUUUUGGAGGAACUAGGUCAAGAUCUAGGAGAAGCUGCCUUGGUCCUAGGGCAACUGAUGGGGUACGAAAAAGAAGAGGAGCUUCUUGGUGUCCUUGAGGCUGGACUGACAGUACGGGGUAACGAAUUUGCAUUAGAAAUGGCAAGCCUUACAGAGGAAGCAUUAGAUGGCUUCAGCAGAGUCCCUGGUGGAGCCGAUCCCGAGCUCGUCGAUAAAGUGCGAUUUAUCGAUAGAAGAGUGCAAGAAUUCCUAAACGAGACAAACGAGUUUCAAUAGCUUUCAAAUUGUUUGCACUUGUGAUCCCAAAACCAAUUUAAAUACUUCUUCUAUGUAGUUUUUUCUAAAAUUUUGUCGACAACCUUCUGUGCAUUAUCUUCAACUGCAUCUAGACCAUUUAGAAUAACAUGCGGAAAAGUGA